AUGGAAAAGUUCUGCGAGAGAUUGUCUGACAUCAUUUUUCAAAUAGAGGAGGAGUCUCGCAAAUUAGGACGUCCUCCAGACGACAUCAGCCAAUGUGACAGAUUGUCUGACAUAAUUUUUGAAAUAGAGGAGGAGUCUCGCAAAAUAGGACGUCCUCAAGACGACAUCUGUCAAUAUGACAGAUUGUCUGACAUAUUUUUUGAAAUAGAGGAGGAGUCUCGCAAAAUAGGUCGCCCUCCAGACAACAUCAGCCAAUGUGCCAGAUUGACUGACAUAUAUUUUGAAAUAGAGAACGAUUCUCUCAAAAUAGGACGUCCUUCAGGCAACAUCAGCCCAUGUGACAGAUUGUCUGAAAUCAUUUUUGAAAUAGAGGAGGAGUCUCGUAAAAUAGGACGUCCUCCAAACGACAUCAGCCAAUUAUGCAACGAUGAAAUCAACAAGUGCCUUUCGUUUCAAAGGAUUUACAAAAAGUCUUGGAUGGAUGCCGCUGAGAUAUGCAGAAGUCAAGGAACCUCUCUCGUCACCAUAAAGUCUGUGAAAGAGUUUAACUUUUUGCAUCAUCUUCUUCUUGCCCUGUUUAGAAAGAGGGUAUACUUUGAAGGCCACAAAAGUUUGCUUUAUAUAGGUUUGAGCCGGUACAUUGACACAUCUGGAAUAAGCCAUGAGCACUGGAUUGAUGGAACUCCCUUGACAUUUACUGCUUGGAAUUCAAAUCAACCUUCUGAAACCAUGAUUAAACAGUGCACAAAAAUGGUACUACCUGUCAAUGAGCAAAAUAAAACAAACAUUUGGGAGACAACUACCUGCACAGAAAAAUCUGGAGCCUAUAUGGAGUUAGUGUGUGAGCAGAAAACUAAGCAAUAUACACAAAACAAUACGGAAUUUGAUACAGGCUGUUACAGUGGAACGGCAUCAAAAUACAAAGGAAAUCAAUCAAUAUCAAGAAGUGGAUUGAGGUGUCAAAGAUGGGAUAGCCAAAUUCCUAACGAACAUGAGUUCCUAAACCGUAGGAAAUUUCCUGACAAAAGGAUUUCUGACGCCGCAAACUAUUGUCGUUCGCCAGAUAAAGACGUGAAGCCGUGGUGUUUUGUAAACGAUUCUAUGAUAGCGUGGGAUUAUUGUCCUUUGGAGCGAUGCCAGACUGAAAGUACUGAUUUAGCCAAGGAUGAUACGACAUUGUUCAAGUGUUCUAGUGGUGAAUGGAUGUCAUUUAAAGUUCGAUGUAACGGUGCUCCCGAAUGUCUCGAUGUCUCGGAUGAAGACAAUUGCACAACACUACGUCUAUGA